UUUUUCUCCAAUCUCCACGACUUCUUUCUUGGUCUCCUCUUCUCCCGUUUUGUUUCCUAAUCAAAUUCCGGCAAAGUCGCCGAUUGAAGCCGGCCAAAAUCGGAUAUCUCUCUCUCAAAUAGUGUGAGUACUGAGUAGUGAUAGGAAGAGAGGAAAGAGAAGAAGAAAUGGAAGUGGAGAAAGUUGGUCAUAUGUGUCAUGAACAUCCAUUGGGUCGGAUCCUACUUGAGUCUGCCCAUCAAACAGAUUACUACACUGUCUGUUAUGGUUGUGAUAGAUUCUUUAGAGCAGGAGAUGCAACGUAUGGAUGCAGUAUUACGUGUGGAUUCCGUUGGUUGUUACACAAAGAAUGCAUGGAAAUGCCGAGACAGAUUACGCAUCCUAUCCAUCCUUCACACCCUCUCUCACUAGCAAUAUCUGGAUCGACAAAAUGUGCAGUUUGUGGAGGGGAUUUGCAUAACCUAGCCUACAGAUGCAGCCAAGGGGAGUGUGAUGGAUUGUGGAUCGACUUGGGAUGCGCGGGGGGGCUCAAUGAUACACAGCCGCUUAUGGACCACCCAAGCCACCCUCAACAUGAGCUACGCUUUUCCAGCAAGACGAGGUGGUGCCCAUUCCCCUGUGAUGCCUGUGGUGCCACUGAGAAAGGGGACUCCUACACCUGCAACAUAUGCAACUACUGGAUACAUGAGCGUUGCGCGCUCCUUCCUGAGUCUAAGGACUUCCCUCAUCAUCACCACUCUCUCUUCCUCUCCUUUUCUCUUCCAUCUGAGUACAUCAAAUAUGAUUUUGAUUGUGGUAUAUGCAGCAAGACUUUGCCAUUGAGACGAUGGCACUAUCAUUGCCACCUUUGCAGAUAUGUCGUCCAUCUCAACUGCGCAUUUGAUAAUCAAAAUGAAAGUGAAAGUGCAAUUGAUGAUGAUGAGAAAGAGGCUACCAAGUUUCCAAUAGCAGUAGAAGACAUGUAUGAGGAGAUGAUCAGACCCUUCGUUAAAGAGCAAAUUCUCAUCGUCCCUCAUCAUGAUCGUGGCAAUGGCAAGUACAGCUUCUCUAAUCACCCUCAGCACCUACUAACUUUUACUACAUUUUCAGCUUCAUCGUCAUCUUAUGAUCACCACGAAAAAAACGAUGAUGAUGACGAUGACGAUGAUUUUGAAAGUAUUACAAGAUCGGAGAUAAUAUGUGAUGGGUGCACACUACCUAUACGAGAAAAGAAGCAAACAGAUGAUGAUGAUGAUGAGAAGGGUUAUAUGAGGUGUGAUGAAUGCAAAUACUUUCUCCACUUGUCAUGCUUCAACUUACCACUACACAUCACCUCCCAUCCUAUUCAUCCUCACAAAGAUCACAACCUAACCCUUCGAAAUGCUGAUGCCAAGCUAACAGGUUGGAAAAGGUGUUAUAUUUGUAGGGGUUUUACUAAUGUUCUCUAUUACGCUUGCACAUAUAGAUACUGCGAAUUCACAAUAGACAUCAAGUGUGCUUCUCUGCCCAACACCAUAAAACACGCAUCUCACCCGCAACAUAACUAUCUCAAGCUCCUCACAGAUGAUGAUUCCAGCUCUGGUUUAUGCGUUAACUGUCAUUUCCCUGCAUGUUUUCGAACGGAGCAAUACAGAUGCAAUAGAUGCAUAUUCUGUAUAUGUGGUGAAUGUGUGAUGCUACCGGCAACAAAUAAGCAUAGAUUGGAGAAUCACUUGUUGUCGUUGACAUACGAUGCAUGUGUUAACCGUCCCGGGGAGUUCUACUGUAGCAGCUGCGAAUACCAAAUGCACCCCAGGUUAUGGAUGUACCAUUGUCGAGACUGUGAUCAAUCCUUUCAUCCCGACUGCUUUCCCGCUACAUCGGGUUAUCACAGAAACAUCAAAUAUGGGACAGAGCAUGUGAUUUCCGGUAUCCAUGACCACCCUCUUAGAUUUCAAAUCAUAUCCAACAAAAAGAGAUGUGACCUAUGUCAUGGAUAUUGCUAUGAUGAGCCUGGAUUUCAAUGUGCAUUAUGCUUCUUUGUUUGUUGUCGAAAAUGCGGUGUGAAUCAAAUGGAUGAUAUGAGCAGCCGAAUCAUGAGGUAACUUUGGGUGAUAAACUGUGCUAUUUGGUGAUUUUUUCUCUCUUGCCAUUUAGUCAUACAAAAUGUUUUCUUUGUUAAAAGGUUGUAGGAAAAGCCUUGUUUUAUAAUCACUAGUAUUUUUAACUUUACUAUCUUAUAAUCACAUAACUAUCAUUUUUCAUAUUUGAUGUGUUGUGAUGAUAAGUGAAAU